GAAUAUGCUUACGCAUUUCGGCAUAUCUAAUUGGUUUAUCUGUCUCACCUCCAUCGUUUCUGGGAGAAGAGAGAACACCCAAGGAAAUCCCCUCACUUGGAAAAUUCUUCAACCUUCUUCUCCAACACUCUCGACUCUGAAAAGGUUUUCAGUUUCUCAAUUAAGAUCUGCAAUCUCAGGAUUGUACUGUGUUUGAUCAAAUAUUCAGUCUUUAGGUGAACCGAUUUCAGCCGAUUCUUAUGUUUCUAUGCUUGUUGCUGAUUUUGGGAUGUGUGAAGAUAGCUUCUAGAUAAUCCCAAACAGAUUGAUAAUCUCCAAAUUGUGAGUGUGUUUGAUAGAAUCAAGAACAAUCUCAUAAAAAUGGCGCAUCUACUCUCGGCUUCAUGCCCUUCAGUUAUCUCACUUAGCAGCAGCAGGAGCAAGAAUUCGGUUAAGCCGUUUGGUUUAAAGCAAACCUUCUUCAAUCCUCAGUCUCUUUCAAGAUCUUCUCUCAAAGGGCUUGUCUUCCAAGAGAAACAGGCGAGAAGAAGCUGCGCUUUCCGAGCAACUGCAGUGCCUAUAAGCCAAGAAGCACCACCCGAAACAUCUACCAAUAGCUCUUCCUCCUCUAAACCGAAACGUGUUAUGGUCAUUGGUGGAGAUGGCUAUUGCGGCUGGGCCACUGCUCUCCACCUGUCCAAGAAGAAUUACGAAGUUGCCAUCGUCGACAACCUUGUAAGGCGUCUUUUCGACCACCAGCUUGGACUCGAGUCGUUGACUCCUAUAGCCUCGAUUCAUGACAGAAUCAGCCGAUGGAAGGCCUUGACAGGGAAAUCCAUAGAGCUGUACGUAGGUGAUAUCUGUGACUUUGAGUUCUUGGCCGAGUCUUUCAAGUCCUUUGAGCCUGAUUCGGUUGUCCACUUCGGGGAACAGCGAUCCGCGCCUUACUCCAUGAUCGACCGCUCUAGAGCCGUGUUUACGCAGCACAACAAUGUGAUAGGGACUCUCAAUGUCCUCUUUGCUAUCAAGGAGUUUCAGGAAGAGUGUCAUCUGGUUAAACUCGGGACGAUGGGCGAGUACGGGACACCGAACAUCGACAUCGAGGAAGGUUAUAUAACGAUAACCCACAACGGGAGGACCGACACUCUGCCGUACCCGAAACAAGCCAGCUCCUUUUACCAUCUUAGCAAAGUCCACGACUCGCACAACAUUGCUUUUACUUGCAAAGCUUGGGGUAUUAGAGCCACUGAUCUCAACCAAGGAGUGGUUUAUGGAGUCAAGACUGAUGAGACAGAGAUGCACGAGGAGCUACGUAACCGGCUGGAUUACGAUGCUGUGUUCGGUACGGCUCUUAACCGGUUCUGUGUGCAAGCCGCCGUUGGUCACCCGCUUACAGUUUAUGGUAAAGGCGGUCAGACAAGAGGCUACCUCGAUAUAAGAGACACGGUGCAAUGUGUUGAGCUCGCUAUAGCGAACCCGGCAAAGGCUGGCGAGUUCCGGGUGUUCAACCAGUUCACGGAGCAGUUUUCGGUCAACGAACUGGCUUCGCUCGUCACUAAAGCGGGUUCGAAGCUCGGGCUGGACGUGACAAAGAUGACGGUGCCUAACCCGAGAGUUGAGGCGGAAGAACAUUACUACAACGCAAAGCACACGAAGCUGAUGGAACUUGGACUUGAGCCUCACUAUCUCUCUGAGUCUCUCCUUGAUUCGUUGCUCAACUUUGCUGUUCAGUUUAGAGAUCGUGUGGACACAAAACAAAUCAUGCCUAGUGUUUCUUGGAAGAAGAUUGGCGUCAAGACCAAGUCCAUGACUGCGUAAAAGUGUAGAUUAUUGUUAAUUACAAACCUAAGGAAAGUGAUUAGAUUAUGCUAGAGCUGUGUGGUUUGUUUGUUAUCCUUAAAACUUCAUUUGUGUUUAAGUCUGCUAUCUUGAGCUUUAAAUAAUACACAAGCUAGUUUGUAUUAAAAAGAUAUCAUAUGUUACUCAGACGGAAAUUUUUAAACUUUUUUUUUUAAAGUCUCACGUUCUCAUC